UUUGAACGAAAUUACAAAAAUGUAAGAUUGUCGUCGCGCGAAGGGUAAACAAAAUUGCCUGAAGUCGAACGUAAUGCAGUUAGAGAGAAUUCCCGUUCCGAUGUGUAUCCCAACGAAACAGAAGCAUCAUUGGGCGGAAAAUAACAAGCGUGACUGAAGUCAAGUGUAAAAUAGUCAAAAAAGAUCCACAUCUGAUAUGACGCAAAAAUGUAAGGUUAUCGUCGUAUGUAAGAGCGAGCAAUAUGAAUUGAACUCGGUCGUGAAGCGGUCAGAAAAGACUGAAAUUCACAUUCCCAUAUGUUCCAACGAAACCAAAAUAUAAAAUUACCACCGGACGAGGAGCAAGGAACAAGAUCGACCGAAGUGUCAAGUGCAAAGCAGUUCGAAAGAAUUGAAAUUCCCAUUCGGCUAUAUCCUGCCGGGGCAAAAGCGAAGUCUUAUCGUCGCGCGAGAAAUAACAAAACUGAGUUAAGCUGAACGUGACAAAAAACUGCGAUUUACGUCCCGAUGCACUCGAGCAGAACAAAAUUGCGGAGGAUUGUCGUCGCAAGAAGGAGCAGAUAAGACUGACCGAAGUCAGGCGUAAAGUAGUCAGAAAGGAUUGAACUUCCGACUCUAACGCGACACGCGACAAGGGCGCGGAAUGGCGCAUAAUACGCGAUUAAUAUUUUUCGCCGAGAUUGCAUUGCUAUCUCCGCAAGUGAGGCUAAGUCCUCCGUCAUAAACUAUGUAAGCACAAACAAACAUCGAACUGGGUCGUUUACGGUGUACUGGCGACCAUGCGAGAUUAGCGCGCGUUCGUGUGCGAGAGCGCACAAACUGGAUACAUUUCUACACAAUGUACCUUUGUAAUCGACGUGUGCAGACUUGUGUGUAUAUAUACCGAGCUUGUGUGCGCGAUACCGAUACAUAGGAGGUACUCUAAGAAGAUAUCGCUAAGUGGCUGCCGAUAUACGGGACGGCAGACCAGUUUAAGACCACCUGCCCCAGUAGGUGGAACACUCCGUGCGGAGUAAUCGUUUAGCGGUGAUCGCGGGUUUAAUCGCCGAUCCGCCGUUGAGAACGGAACCUUGGCCGGGACGAUUGUCGCGGCCCGAAGGAGAAAUGGAUUCGACCCGAAAAAAGAGAAAGAAGGCGCGCGACGAGAAGAAAGUGCUGCUAUCCAUCGUCGAUCCUUGGGACGUAAAAGUAGCCAGUAUCAAUCCGGUUGGACUAGCCGCGCGACGAGGCGUCUCUCUGUCUGUCUUGUCUUCGAGUCAAGACAAGGCCAGUACCGAGCAGGAAUGGCCGAACUUGACCAAGACUUUCAAGAGCUCCGGCUCCUGGGUCAAGAUACCGUCGCCUUGGUACAAGCCUGAUAGCAGCCCCACCGGUCACGUCAAUUCCGCCAACUCCGAGGAGACCACGCUGAUCGACACGAACCUCCUGCAUCCUUGGUACACGCCGCAAAGAUCGCCCGUGAACGCGACGCGCAAAUCCUCGUCGCUGAAUCCAUCCAGAGAGAGACUGCGGGACAGCGGCAGGCGCGCGAAGGAAGACAACAAGACAGAGCGCGACGCCGAGGCGGACGAGGUCGACGGUGGAUUAAUCAACGGCACGCAGGAAAUUAGACGCGACGAUUCCGAUGACGCGGACGGCACCGCAGCGUCGGCGGCGGCAGCGCGGGUGCGUUUCGAGAUCGGCAGAGCGCGGCCGAAGCGGAAUGAAGUGCGAUGUGAGAACGGCCAAGGUGUUGACGACGCGUCGCGCGUGUUGAUCGACAGUCCAAGUGAGAACGAUCAUUUGAACAAGUCCGAGCACGCAUCGCCAGCGAUCGCGAGGUGGAAUCGCGCAAACGGAGUGGCCGUGGAAAAGCGAGAGAGUUCGCGAAAGACGGACGACGCGGAGCAAAAUGGUGACUCUCGAGUAGCCGAAGAGGAGCCUAUGGUCGUGAACAUCGUCCAGCACUUGGUGGAAUCCAGAUACAGCCCACAAACUGCGACGGACAGAAGAUUAAAAAGAAUGCCAUCAUGCCGACGACAAGAAGCGCCGAAAGAAAUAGAUCCAGUGGACAUUUCAGGCGAAUUGAACGAUAAUGCGGAUGGGGUUAUUAACAUAGUCAAACAAGAGAAUCAUCAAGAGACCAGCGACGAGGCGAAGGUGGCGAAGGCGUUGCCGAGAGCGGUAGGGCUGCGGGCUACGAAUAUCAGGAAGACCAGCAUCUCGAUGCCCAGCAAACUCGACGAGAUGGAAGUUCUCCGAAUAGACAGGCAGAACGGGACUGCUUCGAAAUUUGCGAGAGCGGAAAGUGACAGCAGCAGCAGCGUGACUUUCAGCAACAGCGGCUCGACGCCGAACGGAAGUCCCCUCUUGGGUUCUGAGACUGAAGAGGAAGCGAACGACGAGGAUUUGGUAAAAAUCCCAUUGCAAGCUCCACCGCGACGGAAGGGCAGAGCAAUAUCGCCGUCGAUGAACGAGAAAAUGGGAAACGAUCCAACGGAACUGUCGGGCGUGCAGAGUGCGAAUUCCACGAUAACUAGCGUGAACAGUAUAAGCAGUCUCUUGAAAGAGAAACUGCAACUGUCGAUACCACAGGCCUUACGUAGUAGCAAAAGACGUCAGAAUGCCGAUUACAGGCUCAAAGCGUUUGUCGGUUUCUUGUUCCUCUGCGUCGUCUUCCUCGUGAGUUUCGCACACAUUUAUUAUACUCAGCACGUUCUGCAGCGAGCUUACUUCGACAACUUCAGGUUUAACAAGAACGAUAGGGUAAUGAGAGUGUAUAGUAUCACCGGCGCUGAGAUUAUCGCCGCCAAAUUCGGCAAAGACAUACCGGACGACACAGGAGUGUACCCUUGCUUACCGCAUCAUCAAAGGCAGGAUGCGGUCUGCCUGGAGUGGCUGCAGCAAACACGGCUGUACCUGGCGCAUACGAAGCGCGAGGACAUGCACUGCUAUCAUGUGACCUGGCAGAGCCUAAGUCCGAAUUACAAUCCCAAAGACUGCUUCGAUUGGUCGUCGAAGCGUGGCCAUUGGUACGGCGCCGGUCAAAUCCAGAGCAUGGCCUACCCGCUGGAACGCAGUCGCCUGGAGCUGAGCCCUUUUGUCACAGGCGACGUGAGAAAGCACCCGUUUGGCAACGUACUAAAGAGAUAUUUCCUCAGCUCGAAGGGCGCCACGAUCCUGGUGGACCCCGAGACGCCAUUGUACGUCUCCAUUAACGCCAAUCGCACCACCGACUUCUGCCUGCAGGCCAAGCACGACGCUUUCGCCUACAUCAAUCAUCUGACGCCGCUGCCGCAGCUCAACUACACCAUCUGCGCCACCGACAACAUGAAGACCCUGCAUUCCUCGAUGGCAGAGAAGUCCUUGUGGGACGGUCUCAAGCCCGACGAGCUGCACGCUGUUCAUUCGCUGUUGUCCGAGCCAGUCUGGCAAAUCUCGCCCACCAAUGAGGCGGCCAUUUACAAUUACACCGAGGAUGUGAUCGCUUUGGGCUUCCUGCGACAAGGACACGUCCUGCUGAGCGAGGAGUGGCAGCCUAGUCCAGGAGACUUUAUAUUGGACGAGGAACGAUUCCCGUCCAUGGAGGAGACCAUCAACAUCAUUCAUCGCAGGGGAUUUAGGAUAGUCUUUAGCAUCCAGCCGUUCAUCUCCACGGAGUCCGUGAACUUCAAGGAUGCUGUCGCUAAUAGAUUAUUGAUCUCCGAGAGGGGUAGCGAUCCUAGAAUCCCGGCAUUGACGAGAUACAAGCAAAGCAACAGCGCCGGUGUGCUCGACAUCACGAACAACAAGACCUUGCCGUGGCUGCAGGCGAAGCUCGAGAGACUGAUUAUGAAGUACCAUGUGGAUUCGUUCUAUCUCGAUCUCGGCACAGCUCAGGACAUGCCGCAUUACUACAAGUGCGAGCAGCCCCUGACCAACCCCGAUCACUACAAGACGAUCUUCACGCGCUCGAUAUUGGGCACGAUCCCCGUGAUCGGCGUAUCGAGCGCCAUUUCCAGGCCGCGAGCGCCAGUCUUCGUGUCCCUGCCGCCGUUUCCCUCCUCGUGGAAGGCCAUCAAGACUGUCAUUCCUACCGUACUGAGCUACGGCAUGAUCGGUUUCCCCUUCAUCAUGCCCGGAGCGGUGGGUGGCGACGUGGCGUUGCCGAUGUCUGACAACAACCCGGACAAUGACUUCGAGGUGAAUCUACCCGACAAGGAGCUCUACAUCCGAUGGCUGCAGCUGUCCACUUUCCUACCUGUCAUCCGUUUUACUCAUCUACCAAGCAAGUAUUCGGACGAGUCGGUCCUGGAAAUCGCCAAGCGACUGACCACCUUGAGGCAGAAGACGGUGACACCGUUGCUGAAGAAGUACGCGAACGAGACCCUGGACACCGGUCUGCCCAUCAUCCGACCGCUCUGGAUGUUGGAUCCGGCCGAUCCAGCCUGCCAUGUGGUGGUCGACGAAUUUUCCGUGGGUGAGGAGCUAAUCGUCGCGCCGGUGCUUUAUUCUGGCAGCCGACAGAGAGAGGUUUACCUGCCGGCAGGUGUCUGGAGAGAUGGCAUCGACGGGAGCCUGAGGAAAGGCUCCAGGUGGAUUCACAAUUACAGAGUGGCAGAAGACAAGGUGGCAUACUUCGUUAAAAUGCCGGAUAACACGAGAUUCUGAAGAGCGCGUUGACUGCUUACCACUGACCCACCGAGGAAUCACGAAGCUGAGGAGAAGCUCGAGGUGGAUUCGCAAUUACAAAGUGAUGGAGGACAUUGUGGGAUACUUCGUCAGGAUGCAGGAAGACAAAAUUCUGACGAAAGUCGACUACUCGUCGUCGACUCGCCGGAGAAUCACAAAGCUCACAGCCUCCAAAGGAAUUUACUAUUCAAGAUGGCGGAGGACAAGGUGGGGUACUUCGUCAAAAUACAGGGAAACAUAAGAUUUUGAGGAGCGCUCGUCGUCGUCCCGUCGAGGAAUCGCUAAGCCAAGGAUCCUGAAGUAUAAUCUGUGCGUCAUUAACGAGUUUCAUAAAACUUCAUCGAUGCGGUUCUUCUUGCUAUGAUCCGCACGGUGAACUUGUUUCUUGCUGAACUUUGAAAGUGCGGCGAAACGACCGUGCAGCAGUGUUGGAUACUUCAUGGCAUUCUCAGACGAUAACGAUACACUUUGCACGUGCCAGCAUGAUGUACGUAAUGUAUGUAUUCAAGAAUAGUGCGGGAAAUAUUACUUGCAAAAUACCGAGGAGGUUUAAUCGCGCGGAGAAUAUUUAACGUUGUUAUGUUUUGUGUAAACAUUACGGUCGAUCGCAUCGGAUCAGCGCGUAUCGUGGAUACGCGCUAAUACAUACAGUGAAUGUCUUUAUUAACGACAGUGUUCUAAUUUGUGACAAUUGUGUCAAAUUUAUCUGGUGAAUCGGCUAAUAUUUGGGUCUACAUCUAAUUAAUUCAAUGCCUCCCCACAUAUAAAAUACUAUUUCUUGAUACGUCAGUUUUGUAAAAGUUAAAGAAUAACUGGGCACAAAUCUAAUAAAUAUUAAGUAACCAAGAAAGUUCAUGCCGUUUUGAUAUAUGCAAAACUUUAAAUAAUUAAUUUCCGUAAGUGUUAUAUACUAGUAAAUUCUCAGAUAAAUAAACUUUUGUUUAAGCAUACAUAAUCACAGUUUGAAUUGAUAGUGUGCGCAUGUGCAGUUGGACAACGACAAAACCUAGAAACGGCAUGAACUUUCUUGGUUAUUUAAUACAUGUCCAAUAUUAACUGUCAACUUCUAAAACGUCGAAGAUAAUUUUUAAAAGUCUGCGGGGAGAUUAUAUUCUUCUUUGUCCUUAUUCUAAAUUAGGUAUAUUAUUGAUUAUAUCAAUUUCGAAUAAAAUUCGAAUAAAAUACUAUAAUUAAAUUAUAAUAAAUAUUAUAAAUAUAAGCACAUUGUUGAGGGCAACCUUCGGAACCUGUCGAUAUCUUAAAAAUUGAUAUUUAAUAUCAAAUGUCUUUAUUCUUGUCAUGAUCUAUGCAGUUAUUCUUUAACUUCUUCAAAACUAAACUGUUUUGUUUCUAAACGGUAAUACUAGUCAUUUCUGAGAAAAUAUAAAUAAAUGAAAGUCUUUCUACAGAUUAAAAAAUCUAAUACAAUUAAAAACCCAAAUGUUGAAGCUUUCCGAUAAAUUCAACUUUGUGUACUACAUAUAUAUAAUUAGUUUAACACAUAUAUUAUUAAUUUCUUAUCAUGUUUUCAUGGGAUUACUUGGUUACUAAUUAAGACAUUCAUCGUACUGAAAACAAGUCAAAUGUGUAGAUUUAUUUUACGCCAACAAUCAUAUCUUAUUGUAGCCAACGAAGCUGCUUUACCGUAUACUGAUUCGUCGAUAAUUUAUUAGCGAGAGAAAUUGAGAUUCAGUGAUGUAUAAAUAGAAAAUAAAACAAGUGAAUGAAGCGCUGUCCUCGCGAGGAAUGCACCUGGACGCAGUCUUGCAGGACGCACGGUCUGUUUAUUUUCAUCUCACAAACUUACAUGACAAGUAUGUAAAAUAAUAAAAUGCGUAAGCAUGCAAAAAAGCGGAGAUCGAAA